ACUUUGGGGAGCCCAAGUCGCCUCCUGCUCUGAUGCAUGAAGUUUUGUGAGGAAACCUUAGUCUACCAGGCCCGAGGGCAGCACAGACCACACACCUGGUGGCCUUGCUAGGGGAAUGUUCGCGCAGGCGCCCUGGGAUUAAGUCAUGUGCGAAAGGGCAGAGUUUUUGGAAGGGCCCUCAGUCUCCACUGCUGACUAGAUCAACGAGGGUCCCUGGCAGAGUCGUCAAGGCAGGAGCUGACCACGCCCCCGGCGUACUGGCCGGUAGCCGGUUUGCGCAGGCGCGCGUGGGGUGGUGUCAAGAGUUAGGGGCGGAGUUUCAGGAAGGAACCGCUGAAUCUCGGAAGCCGGAGGAGAGGGCGGGCUGUUGGUCUUGCGCUCGGAGCGUGGAGUGGAAGGCGGAGCAGCGGCGGACAUGCAGGCCCCAAACAGAGGUACAAGCAACGCGGCGGCGGGCCGUACCGGCUGCCUGCGUCCCCGCAGCUGCACCUGCGGCACUGACAUAGUGGUAGCUGCAGCCCGUGGAUCUUACGGUACUGUCCCAGUUUCCGGCACAGGCGCCUCUGGAAACAGAAGGUCUCUAAUCCGACCUCAUAUGUUUGCCCUCAGGGUGCCUUUCCCGAGCCCUUUGGAGGCAGAAAUCGCCCAUGGAUCCCUGUCUCCAGAUGUUGAGCCACACCAAGGGGUCAUUGAGAAGGAGCUUACAGUGAGGGGCAACGUCCUGGCCAUCAAAUGGACAGCUGAAGAUGCUCGCCUCCUCCGAAUUUCCAUCAUCAACUGUCUUGAACACCUUUCCCUGGUGUUGCGGACCAUGCAGCACUUUGGGCCCCCCAUUUCCCGCUAAGCCUGUGCUUGGCUAAGGGAUCCAGUUUAACCUAUGACCCCCAUCUAGGUAGUACAUGGUUGCCUAGGGCAGUGAUUCCCAAAGUACUUGCUACUUAAGUGUUAGGGUCUAAAAAUUUACCUGGACUGGCCCUUGGGCACUACGAGUCCUCUUAUUUGGAGUUUUACAUGUUUGUUAGUGCAGAAAAUAAAACUGAGCUAGUCAACUGCA